AUGCAUCCAAGGUUUGUGGAAAGAAAUUUGCUUUUUGGCCAACUAAUACUUUCGAAAAAUUGAGAACACUAACGAGAAAACAAAAAAAGCCGUAUUUCCUAUGAUUAACCAUGUAAAUUGUUUUUUUCUCAUGAAAAAAACUGAGAUUGACAAAGAGUGAAGGCUUUUUAGUCUCAGAAGUCAAUAUUUACCUCAAAAAAAUUUUUUUGAAUAUUAUUAAAAUAACGAAUCAUUCAAAAUUUGAAAAAAAUUCAACGUUUCAGGUUUAUUGAAAUAAUUUUUAUGAACAAAAUCAGCUUUUUUUCGAAAAUAGCUAGUCCAAGUUGCCAAAAAUUAAAUGAUUUAUUUAUUUCCUAAGUGAAAAACUUCCUCCGACUUUCGUCUGAACACUCUGGUGGCUAUCUCACAAGGAAAAAUCUUUUUCCAAGACAAGAAUAUAACAAUGAUCAAAGUUCUUCAAUUGAAUCUUUUUCUGAAAUUUCUAGCCUUGAGAGAUUGUGAUAACCAUCGUUUUUUUAGUCAAAUAACUAAAAUUUCUUUUUCUUUUUUUGAAGAAAUUCGGGAUCCAUCAUUAAAGCUUUUUGAAGACCGACAUGAGCUUCCUAUCUUUUUUUUGAGAAAAAAUGGAACAAAUUCAAAAUUGUCCGAACUUCUCAUGAGUUUAACUACAGCUUCAUGUUGUUGUUCAAGACAUUUUUCUAGUCUGUCUCUGCAGGUAAGGAAACCUUUUUGACGAGGAAGUUGGAGCCUGACGGCUGCUGUAAUCAUUUCAAAUAGCCUCGGUUACGCUGAGAAAAACGCCAGUUAUAACCAUGUCAAAAGUGUCGGAACGCGUAGUUUCAUGGCCCGGAAUUAUCCCAUCAGCCUUGGCAACAUUGUUCUUUUCCGCAAAUGUUGCCAAGUCCCGUGGUCAGGUGCGUUUUACAUUUAGUUUGUUACAGUAAGUAUUUGUAAAAAAGCGGGAACUGCUCCAUUAGCUUUCCGGUUUCUCGAAAGCUCCAAGAAGGGCAUUCGAAACUUUUUCUCAACAUUUUGAGCCAGGUUUCAAAUUUGAUCGGAGUAACGGAGCUUAAAAGUUGUUCUUUUUCGAAUAUUCCUUCACGAGAAAAUCCCUUUCUAAAGGUACCGUAAGAGCCGGCUAUAAAUCAACCAAGUCUCAAAAACAGUUGAAGCAAAAAAUUUCCCCUAAAAGUUAAAAAAAAAUCAUGGCGUUUAACAUACCUCAAUCUGUGUUUUCCAUCAACGUAAAUCUAGAAGCCCAUAAUUUUCUGCACACACAAAUCAAAAAAUUGAACGCUUCGACAUUUAAUCAAGGCUUUUGCGUUCACAGUUGUUUCCGAGUUUCUCGCGAAAUUGUUUUCCAACGCUUCGUCCCAUAUGAAUUGACUGAAUUGGUUGAUUUAUGAAAGGAAUAGUGCCCUAUUGCGUUGCUUUCCUCGAAAUAGGCUCGUAAACAAGAACACCCACCUAAAGUUCUGACCGAAAAAAGGUUCGUUCUCGAGUUGUCAGGAAACGAGAACGAAGCUGUUUUCUUUCCCAAAACAAACGCGAACGACGUAAAAAGGAUGCCCCCGCAGGUGUCACUUGCAUGUUCCGAAUUUGGCCAAAUUUAUUGCCAUGUUUCCUGAGCCGGUUUUUGGUCAUUUCCGAAGUUUUACAUCUUUUCAGAAGCACCAUAAUCAUUAGUUAGUCUGACACCUAGCCUUUUCGUGGUUAUAAACUCUGCUAGUGCCUUCGAUAGUCGCGUUUUUUUCCAAGUUCUUACGAAAACCUGAGGAGUUUGAGCUGAGAAGCCGUGUACUUCAACCUUUUCUCUGAAAACUUUUAAUCAUACGUUGGUUUACCACCGAGUUUUCCCAUAAUUAAUACUUUUUUUGAAGUUCCCAACGUCCGAAAUAUUUUUUAAGUGCUCUUGGUAUUCUGAAACUUUCAAGCUGGAAACAUUUUUCCCCCUUGAUGGUUUUCAGAGUACUCUUGAAUUUUUAUAAUCAGCAGGUUAUCUCAAGCUGAGUUUCUUCGUAGUCACAAACUUUACUGGGGUCUUCAAAAAUCAAAUUUCCCAUAAGAACUCGAUUGGCUCAAGCUCAAAAAACAAUCAUUUUUCUCCUAGUUUCAAAAUGUUCUAUCCUUUUUUUAAUUGAACGCCUACUCUUCUAGUGGUGAUGAACUUUGGCAAACGUUUUCAAUAGCCAUUGUCAUUUUCUAAAACUUGACCAUUUUGAGCUCAAAAGUCAAUUAUCCCGUCGUUUUCUGGAUAAUUACGCUACUCAAAACGUAAAAGUUCCUUCUACAUCACACUCUAAUACAAUUAUCUUAUUCACGCUUUGGAAAAAUACUUAUAAUUACUGAUAAAUCAAGACGGAAAUGACCAGGUAAUGGAUACUGUAGUCUCAUUUUUUUUUCCUUUGUGAGUGAGAAAACGUCUCAUUCUAAUUCUGUGCUUCUGGCCGGAGUGGUGAGCUCUUUUUUCUUUUAAGGCGUGAGAUUCUGAUGAGAUUAUGAUUAUCGAGCAGAAAAUAGAACAAAUCUUUUCUAAACUUUUUGAACCCGUAGCUAAUUAGUAACCGAAAACCCGCUCAGGUGCUUUAGUCACAACUUUUUUUUGCUUAUAAAAAAUUGCCCAGGAGCACAUUUAUUCGAGUUUGACAAGUAUCAAAUAACAAAAACCAACAAGAAGCUAGGCGUUCAGUGAGGUUACCGGAAGUCUGAGAUUGACAGAGUGGGAUGAGGAAUUGGAUUUUUCUGGAACUUUUUCCUCACCGUCCUCCCAGAAUCAAUAACUUUCCUAAUAGAAAAGAUCUUCUCUUUUUGCCCUCUGGAAACUUUUCAAAACUUGUUCGAGUACUCUCUGAUGUUCUAGAUAAACAUCCUGAAAAUAGAAACCUGCACAACUUCCUUUUUUUGGGAAACGGAUGCCUCAAAGGUCACAAUCCUCGACAUUGUGCAACAAUAUAGAACUUUGAAGCAUCUUUUUCUCAAAAAACAAAAUUGUGUAUAUUUUUGAUUUCCCGGCUCAUUUUUUUGAUGCACCAAAAGAUCGGGGGAUCUCCAGUUUGUAAUAUUAUGUUUUUUUCCAGUUCUCUGUUUCAACUUUCUUUUUUCCCAGAUCAAAAUUUUUUCACAAGACUACGGUAACAUAUCUCACUUCACAAAUAAAAUAAUUCUUCUCAACUUCUCAAAAAUCAGAUCAGAGUUGAGCUUCUUCGAAAAUUCUCAAUUUGUCAUUUGCGAAUAAAUAAUUCCAAUUCCAUGAAUCUGGGCGUUCUUGCCGCGCUGGAAUAAUUCAAAAACUUUUUCCGUGAAGAAACAAAAAUUGUUGAAUUUUUGAUCUUACUACAUUUUCUUGAUGAGAAGGCUAAAAAGCUCUUUUUCUGACCUUUUUAUCUUAUUAAAAAAAGUCAGGAACGGAGAUCUUUGAGCGUUCAGUGUUGUGUAAAAAAAUUAGAAAACGAUUUCUUGAAAUUUUUCGGAUUCUUGAUCGCUUUCUCGUUGAAGAUAUUAUUCUAAACACAUAUUCUCGAUUAAUUUCUUUGAUUGGUCUAAGAAACAGCAAUCUUCGGUAGUUUUGCGCAAAACAAGUACAAGGUUUAUUAUACGUUUAUGAAGUAAACUCCGCUAAAUUUUCCUUUUCACUAAUUUUUUCCUAAUGAACAAGCUACAAAUACGUCAUUUUCCCUUUCCCUCCCAUCAAAAAACGGACAAAAAUUUUCUUCGUACUAUACUGUUUUGUUCAAAAAAUUCGCCUCCACGUGAAUUUUGGUGGAGGCGAUUGGCACAAUUCCACUUAUUCAGUUGAAAAGUAGCCUUGACGCCUCUGUGCGAGUGGAAUAUUAGUGCAGACGAAUGUUUUGGACACUUCCCCGUGUUCUUUUCCCACACUUUUCAGGAAGAAAUCAAGUUGUUUUCCAGAUCUUCCACUUUUUCUUCCGACAUGAAUCCUAGUCAUUUGAUUUGUUGAAAACAUUUCCAGAAGUUGUUCUUUUGCAUAUCAUGCCACUUGAUUUGUGAUAUCUAACAAUUACAAAAUUAUCAGCAAAUUGUUCGGAAGUUCAGUGAAAAAAGCACUUGACUGCGAAGUUUUGCUCGUGAUUUUGGAUUUCUAAAAAAGUUUGUUAUUAUAGAAACAAGCCUCACGUUUUUAGUUGUUUGCCUCAGAAGCCUUUCUUUUUCAAGUUCUCAUCCCAAGUCUGUCUAGAGCUCCCAGCUUUACAAUUCAAUGGAUAUUCUUGAAGAUCCUCUGCUAAAUAUCAGGUUGGUAUAAUCGAUUUAGAGGGCUAUCAGAGCUGAACAGCUCUGACAAAGAUUUAUGAGGGAUCAAAAAGCGGUAUUUUGAUUUCAGUACUUAUCAUUUUGAGCAGUUGUUGUUUGAGAAUGCCAGCACGCGCAAGUAGUUUAGUGUCGGACCCUCUAAAAAAGAAAACGCUGGUCAAUUCAAUAUUUCAAGACUCCAUAGCGUUCCAAGCCCUGGAAAACUUGAUUCAACUUGCCUGAGAGCUAUAAAAAGCACAGAAAGAACUGAACUUUCAAAAAUAUUAUAGGCCUCCAGGGAGUUUAGGAAAGUCUAUUGUUCGCUUCCAUCAUUACGACAAAGAAAGGGUAUUUUGAUGAGGCAAAUUUUUUCUCUUCUUACACCAAGGCUGUUAUUUUUUGAAGAGCUAAAAAGCCAACAUGUUCAAAAAUUCCCACUUCAAACUGCUCACGCCACCCACGAGAGCCUUUUCCUCUAAUUUUUAAACGCCGGAUUUUGUAAACCUUUUCCUCAGUCUUUUUUCCAGAGUUGAAGCUUCUAAAAAACAUUGGGCUAGCAUAAUCUCAACUGCGUGAGUCAGUCUCGCUAAUUAACCAAACUUUUUGACUCAAUUUGCAAAAAAAAAAAACCAAAAAUCAUGCAAUUACUAAUAUUUCCCCUUGCUAAUAAAGAUCUACUCGGAUUUUUGAAUAUCCGAGAAGUUUGCUGUUUCUGCAACGGCAGUGGGCGGCGCGGCCUUGAAACUCGCGAAGCUUCAAAAAAUGUCCAGCUCUUUCGACCACUCCCAAUUGCAAAUUUUUUUUUCCUGAGUUUUUUUUUUCGAAGAAAUCGCUAAGAAUAAAGAUUACUGGUCCAAAAGAGCACAAUUUGUCACAUCUUUACGUUUCAAAGCCCUCGUCAUUUCCGAAUAAAUGAUCAACCUUUGAAGGAUAUAAAUAUGUUUGCCGUUUCAGUAGGAGAAAACAAGCACCUGUCAAAAGCAGAUUGCAAUAUUUGCGAUAGGUUUGAAAAUUUCGUACAUUUUGGAGCAUCAGACUACAAAUUUCUGUUUUUAGUCGGAUGAAGUGGUAUGGGGAUAAUUAGAUUUUCUUGUUAGCUCAUUUCAAAUCUUAUAAUCUGCAAUAAAUCAUAAAUUCUGAAAAUAGCCUCACAAAGUAACGACAAGAUAUGAGAUUAAGGUUGAUUUUAUAAUUAGAUUUCAGUUAGAAAAUUGAUUUUUAGUUUUUUUUUUCUGUUUUUAAUUUUCAGACUCCAAGAUCAAUGUAGUAGAUAUUUUGAUGAAACUGUCAUUUUCACUACUUUAUCAAUUUAGUAUCAGUCGAAAAUUUGUUUUUUUCUGAUUCAAAACAAGAUAAGUUCGAUUUUCUUUUUUUAGCAUACUCUUCAACGCCUCUCGAAAUUUCAAUAAAUAAGCGAUUAAAAAAAUACAAUGCGUUCCUCAAGUUUGAAACUAAAUUUUUCUGUUUCAGAAUCCACUUGCAAAAAAAGUAUAAAUAUUUAUUUUCUAAGAAGGUGUUUCGAAAAAAAUGUUUUGUUUCGGCCUUCUAACUCUAACUUUCCUGUUUCAACCUCCGGAAGCUCAGAACAAGUACAAACUCUGCAAAAAGCAAGGAAUCAAUUUUUUUCGGUGUCAUUUAUCGUGUUUCCAACACCUUUUGGCCUCGAACCCAUUGCGAUAUGAGGUCGGCGACGUCGAUCCCGACGGAUUUAUGUCCCUUUUUCGGCUGCAGAGGCUCAAGCUCGCCAUUCCGACGCCUCUUUUUGUUUCGGUUAUUUGCAUGAGUGAAGUUUUGAUGCGACAUUUCAACUCAUGUUUCCAUUUUUGGCUCAAGUAUCAAAAAAUCAACUAGCAAAUCUUUAGUCUAAAUUUGUGCAAUUCAUUUGAAACUCCGCAGUUUUACUCAAAAACUUGCUUUUUCGAGUUUUUUUUUUUUGCUGGACAUGUUGACUCAAGUUCAUGUAGGCGGUAGAACAAAGAUGUCUGUCUUUGGAUUUUAAAUCUAAUUAUUCUUUUCAAAAAUUUGUCAUCGUUCAAAGAAGAAGCCUUGACUUCCAUUUGAUGUCGAGAAGAAAAAAUGCAAAUCUUUGAAGACCAUGUUUCAAACUGAGGUUUCCGCCAUUUCCCUUUUCUUUUUGUUUUGCAAUCAUUUUUCUAAGAACCACAGGUUUUCAAUUGAUAUUACUGGUAGACGGAGAUCAUUAUUUUUAGGAGAAUCUCCAAAAAAUUUUAUUGUAUUUAGAGGACAAAGAUGAUUUCGAAGGCGUGGUUAGUCUAAUAAAGGGGUGUUGAUUCUCUAAUUCAGACGCCUACUUUGAAUUCUCAAUUGUUCUUUUUAAUGUUUCAAAGAACGUUUAUGGUAAUUUCAGCUUUUUUAAUGAUCCCAGUGCAACGCGGUCAAAUUUUCUGAUGUCUAUAUAACUAAUGUUAUGAGAAAAAAUUUAUCUUUUUUGAGAUUUUUUUUUUCAAAGUUUCAAGAGACAAGAUUUCGAAUUGCCUUUUUCCCAACUUUUCCCUCGUGGUAAAACUUUGAAAUUCUGAAUGAUUCUGGAAAAAUUAAUCGAGGCCCUCAAAAUUCCAAUCUCAACGAGGUGAAACGGGAAUGUGGCUCAAAAAAAGAUAACCUCGCAUUUUUUUCAAUAAGAAAUCGUCUGAAUUUUUUUCCGCAUGUCCAAAAAAAUUUCCAUUUUUUUCUUUGUACUCUUUUUUUUUCUUUUUACGUGCAUAUGAGAGAUUUUAGGAUAACAGAAAUCAGAAAAUAACGAAUGUUUCAAAAAAAUAUAAGAAAAAUAAUUUUUCACAACAUUCUACUGUUUCUAAGUUCCGAAAAAAUACACGAUGUGCUUUUAAAAAGUUUCUUAUUUUUUUCUUGCUUUUUUUAUCUAGAUUGAUAUUUUUGUUAUGUUUAUAGAGUUUCACGUUAAUAAUAAAAUUGGGAAAACCUUUUACCUUCGAAAAACAAGAAGUUUAUGGAGAGCUCUAGAAAAACCUCGAGAGAAAUCUUCAUUUUGUGGAUUUUCAGUGCUGGCGUGUGGUCGCCAGCGAUGAACGCCACCAGUGAGGUCGACGAGGAGAACUCCUCGCUGUUCACGGCGCUCGUCCAAAUGCUGUCGCACCUGCUCAACGGCUACCUGACAGCCUUUUUCGUUGUCACUGGAAUCGUUCUCAACGCCUUCUCCGUCUACAUCUUCCUCAGAUGUGAGAGGACCGGCACACCGGCUAUACAGUACUACUUGGUGAGUAGAUGACAUCAAUUUUGCUGGAGAGUUCGAGAAGUUUUUCACUCUGGAUAACCAGAAAUUUUUGUUAUUGAGCCAUAGUAAAUGUUACUAAGUUUCUUCUUUUCAAUUCGAAUACCGAAAAAGUUCUCAAGAUAGGUAUCCUAUUUUGCAAUGUUCACAGUGCACUGUUUUUUUUUCUAUUUUACAACGAUUCUUCAAGCAUUUUUCUUUUUUUUCAUGUCGCCUCAUCCAAUUUUUGUUCUUCUUCAGUUCAAAAACGCAUGACGCUCUUUUGAUUUUUCCAGUUUUUAUCAAAGUCUCACCCUGAUUAAGUCCCAGAAACUUCCAUUCUUCGAAACUUCUUAGAACUCGUGUGUCCUUCCACCUGCUCCCACUUUUUCUAUGCCUCAUUUUCGCUUUCAAAGCUCCUCAAUAGUAAAAAAGUAUCCAGAAGUCUAGCAAAAAAGUUCAAAGAUCUUGGAGCCGGUGGUUCGCGAUUUCCGGUGCAGUACGACGGAAUAUGGAGGCUCUUAAUUGAGCGGACCUCCAAAAAACGCUUGCCUCUUUCAUAUGUGUUUUAAUAGGCUUCAGCUCAAUUUUGAGGCUCUUGGGUAAAUACGGACCUAGUAGUAUCUGUUUUUCGCUCUCAUUUCGAGAAGAUAUUAGACCAGUGUAGGUUGAAAUGACCAGUUCAAACUGGAGAGAGGAGUUCUAGUAGGUUUUUUUGAAUUCAAAAAAAGUAUUAUUAGAAAAAAAUUUUUUUGAGAGCGUAAGAAAGGAAAAAAAUCAUAACGAGAAUAAAUUUUUUUAUAAAUUUUAAGAUUUUUCGAAAGAUUUUUUUGAGUUGCAAUGACCCCUUUCAUAAUUUAAUUAUAAUUUAAUUCCUACUCUCCAUUCAAUAAAAUAACUCAAAAUGUUGCAUCUCCUUCCUACUGUAUAGUCACACAUCAACUAAUUAAAGAAAAAAAAAAUGUCAAGUACAAAGAUUUGGGGUUUCAUUCAGUUAGAGAUUAGAUUUCAAGACAAAUAAUACCAAUGAAUAAUGUGCAACGGGGGCGUAAUCAUUCAUCCAACACGCCAUUCCGUUAUUUUUGGGUUAAAAGUAGCCGUAGGCCCAUUUGUCAACUGGAAUCAUGCUAAUCGGGGUGAGCGAAAAUGAGUUGAAGAGGCAACAAAAAACUUGGAAAUGAGGGUUCCAUUCGAAAAAACAUUUUUGGGUUCGUUUAAGAAACCGUUCUAAUUUUCAAAACCUAAAAACCCAGGAUUUCCUUAGUGGACGAAAAUAUAUGAGUUUGAUGUUUCAGGUAACGUUAACCUUAUGGCAAACGGCUCUACUCGCUAACGCCUUUCUACUGUACUCCCUUCCAAAUCUUCUCUUCGGACAUUUGGUCUCCCAAGGUACUUUUUUUAGUCGUGGGUAAAAAACCUUGGUCGCAUUUGGGAUGGCUCAAAGACCUACAGCUAAGCUGAGAUUCAGCAGUUUGUUCUAACUUGUUUUGUUGCUCACGCGCGAAAAUCGUUUUAAGUCUGGCCCGUUUUGAAAAAAACCGCUGAUGAGCUUUCAAACCUUAAAUUUUCCUUGUACGGCCUUUUUCAACUUUUUCUUUUUUCCGAAGACAUGAAAUUGACGGUAACUGUGAAAUUUCAGGAAGUUACGUUCAUCUGUACCCUUAUGUCUACACAUUCGCCAACACGACCCAUACUGGAUCCGUUUGGAUUGUGCUUACUUUGACAAUCGAUCGAUAUUUGGCCCUUUGCCAACCUCUCAAACAUCGGGCCAUCGGGAAAAAAAGGUUUAAAAAUUUUUAGAAUUUUUCGGAAUUUCAAGGAUCUUUUAAAAAGUGAAUAACUCGACUAGAGGCAAAUAGAUAUGUGGAUAUUUCCAUAUCAGGAAACCUUAGAGUAAACUAUUCAAAAAAAUUCAAUUAAAAGGAACACUUCACCUUCAAACUUUACUCUUUAGCGGACCACAAAAAAAAAACACCGAAAGUUUGUCAUCUUUCGCCAGAAUUCUUUAUCAACCCACGCAAUAUCCAAUUUCAAUGUUAUUUUCAACUUUAUUUCGAUAAGAUAUUCACAAAUGUUUGUGCUCUUCGGACGCUUAGAAAAUGAAAAUGGCUUCCAGUACAAAUCCUAUACUUUGUGAAUGCAAACGAAAAAAUCUCGGUUAAAAUUAGAGGGAAACUGCCAGAUACACACAUCCGUAUCAAUCUGAGAGCACUCCAAUGCAGGCAAUCGUUUUUUGUUCACAAGUUAUUCCACUAAUCCAGUGUCUCCACCAGGAAAUGAGAUAUGUGUAUAAUUUGUGGAACGGAGCUGCAGCCGACUUAUAGCGACUAGCGCAGUACAAAGAUUAUGAUGAUCUUUGUACGAUUUAUUGAAAUGGAAAUAAAUUUUUGGAAAUAAAAUGGAAAGACCUGAAACGACUUAAAAGUCUUUGGUCAUUGGAAAAGUGUUCUUUACUUCAUACGGAUUCUGAGAGUCUAUGUAAAAAAGUUUUUCCUUUGCUAUGCGCAAGUAGUAAAACUAAAAAAAGUCGGGCACUUUGAAAUUUCGAUAUAAGAGUUAAGCUUAUUAUCAAAACCCAAGAUAUCGAACCAAGACCCCAAAAAUUAAUCCAGAAGGUUUCAAACCAAAUUUUUCUGAUGUAUAACUAUCUUCUACAAAACCUCAUCAAAAAAUUUUCGAUUUUUUGACAAAAUUAUCUGAUUAGUAGCGUCUCUCACUUUGAACUUCUCCCGUUUCACAUGGUCUAUUUGAAAAUUAAAAAAAUAUAAUUACAGCCGUGUGCGUCGAUUGAUGGUCGGCGUAUCAAUCAUGGCUGUUUUCUUCUCCCUUCCGCGCUUUUUCGAGGUAAUUAUACCUUUUGUUCAGAAGAAAAUAAACAUUUUUUUCAAUAAUUAAGGUGCAUGUGGAACCUUGGUGCCAGGACGGACAUUGCGUGGCGACCAUCGACCGGACCGAGCUUUUCGAGGUUAUUAAUUUCUUUUUUUAAGAUAAUUAUAAUUUUGCUGCUUUCAGAACAAGAUCUACUGGUCAGUGUACCACGUCGUACUGGCCAUGCUUUUCGUGACCCUUUGCCCUUGUCUUCUGCUUUUUGGCCUGACCCUUCGAAUAUCCCUUGGUACCCGCCAAAUUUCAAAAGAAGACCUGAUUUCCAAAUUUCCAGCCCUGAGAUCUGCCAUAGCCAAAAGGAAAUCUCUCUGCGCCCCGAAUGCGGACAUCGACGCGCGAAAUAAAAAAUGCCAAACGUCGAGGUUUGUUUUUAUCCGGAAGAAAAUUGGCACGUAUAGGUGCUUGUUUUAGAAAGGAGCACAAAUCAAACAUCAUGUUGGUUCUGGUCAUCGCCAAGUUCUUAGUUUCUGACAUCUUGCCAACAGUCAUCGAUGUGUUGGAACAUGUGAGUUUUGGGAUGAGGAGGGUUUAAAAAGCACAAAAAUUUGAUAAAAUGGGAUCUUGAAAUUCGGAUAGAAAAUUAGUAUUAUGUUGGAUUUCAUUAAAAUUCUUUACUCUUCUACCCGCAACCUGAAGAAAAAGAAGAAGACUUUUCUCCUGGAAGAAAAAAAAAAUGAAAAAAAGCUGAUCAGAACAUUUUAUUUUCUCAGAAGCCUGAAUAUAAUCGUAUUGCCACGUAGAACAACUUUAGGUUAAAUGAAGCAAGGAGCCCUCAAUCCUUUUAUUUUUUUAUAAUAUGCUUCGAAUCUUUGAACCCAUCCAGAAGUCUCCAGACGCUUUCCAAAAAAAAAAGUCAUUUUUUGUCACAAAAUGACAAACAUGUCUGCAGUUGGUCGGCCAAAGCGCUUUCAUGCGGUCCCCACUCGCUUCUCUUUUCGUGGACAUCAGUAACUUCCUCAUCGUUCUCAACUGCUCUUCCAACUUUUGGGUUUGUUUUGUCUUUCCUUUUUUAUUGCAGUCAGGCUCAAAAAGCCAAAAUCAACUCUAUUCUUGGACAGAAAGACAACUCAUACUUUUUUAAGGUUUUCAUCGUUUGGGGCAAGCGAUUCCGCAAAUCCUGUCGCAACAUAAUGCUCUCUUCCCAACUUGGCAUGUACAUUUACAAAUUGUCGCGAUGGAACUCCGAUUCGGUUGGUUUUUCAAAAAAAAAAGUUGUAUCGAAAUUCUUGCAGGAUUUGUCAUAUUGCGGUCCUUCGUCAUUCACAACUGUCAAUAACACCACGAAAAUCUAUGGAAGUGAUGGCCGUUCUUUCCGUCAGCAGCGUUGUCCUGACGCCCAAUCGUGAGUUUGAUUCUACAUUUUUUCUGAAAGUUACCGUAUAUCUUCGACUUUUUUGUUGUAGUCGGUUGGUAGGAAUAACCCAAUAAAAGUUUGUCGACAAUUUUUUUUUUUCACUUAAUUUUUUCAGAAAAUUUUAAAAGAAGGUUACACUGACUAAAAAAGGUUUUAAAACAAAUAUAACCUUCACUAUAUUCAACUUUAACGUAGAAAUGAAUUUCUAAAAGCGCGAAGAUUUCGCUAUAAACGAUAUUGAUGAUCUGAUACAAAUUAUAGAUUCAAAUUUUUUUUCAAAAAAUCUCUGCUGAGCAGGAAAAAUUUUCGAAAAUAUGUCAAAACUCAGAAAAUCAUCUUGCAUAGGGGCUCAUAUGAUCCUCUUGGAGCAGUUCAAAAAUUUCCUCAUUUCCAGGGAGUCGAUGAAAGAACGCCGCACAACCGGUACACUGUGGGUAGCCAACCGGGCCUUCUCUCACAAGGCGACGCGAGGCGGCGAGCGGCGGCCAACCAACGGAGGUCCAGCCAAAGAAGAGAACAAGAAAGAAGAGAAGAGCUGGGACUACGAAAAGUCUGACCAACUGGACGAACUCGAAAAGCAGCGACUUUUGAGCUCCACGGGAGAAUAUUAA